UCAUCACUUUCACUAUUUCACAAACCCAUCUGAUCUUAAUAAUAUUCCUGAAAGAAAGAAUCAAAGAAACAAAAACUAUGGCGGAAGGAGCUUUAUUCCACCUUGCCGGAAAAGUCCUUGAACUGCUGGGUUCCUUCACUCUCCCAGAGGUCAAACUGGCCUUCGGUGUUCAAACUGAGAUUGAAAAACUAACAAGCACAGUUUCCACAAUCCAAGCUGUGAUUCUUGAUGCAGAAAAGCAGAGUUCUCAUAAUCAUCAGAUCAAAGAUUGGCUCAGAAAGCUCAAAGAUGUUCUCCAUGAUGCUGAUGACUUGCUGGAUGAUUUCUCAACCCAAGUUUUGCGGCACAAGGUGAUGAGAAAGAAGAAGGUACGCAUUUUCUCUUCCAGUUCUAAUCGUAUUGCUUUUAGUCCUAAGAUGGGUCGUCAAAUAAAAGCAAUUAAGAAGAGACUAAAUGCCAUUGCAAAAGAUAAGGAGGAUUUCCACUUUAUUCAAAGCUUCAUUGAGCCACAAGUCAUGAGUAGGGACAGAGAAACUUAUUCUUUUGUUCUUGAAGAUGAAGUUGUUGGGAGAGAGAAUGAUAAGGAAGUGAUUAUCGAACUUCUUUUUGAUUACAAUGUUGUAGAUAAUAUUUCUAUCAUUCCAAUCGUUGGUAUUGGAGGAUUAGGGAAAACCACACUAGCUCAACUGGUUUACAAUGAUCAAAGUGUCAACAAAAAUUUUGAGCUAAAACUUUGGGUUUGUAUCUCUGAAAUCUUUGAUGUAAAACGAAUUGUUAAAGAAAUUUUAGAACAGCUGACGGAUGAGAGACUUAAAGAAAGCUUUGAGAUGCUGCAAAAUCAGCUUCGAGAAAAACUUAGUGGAAAAAAGUACUUGCUUGUCUUGGAUGAUAUGUGGAAUGAGGACAAUCCUAAAUGGCUUCUCUUGAAAAAUUUAUUAAUGGUAGGUGCAAGGGGAAGUAGGAUAGUUGUAACCACUCGUUCUGAAAUGGUGGCGGGCAUAACAGGGGCAACUUCAUGGUAUGCUCUAAAAGGCCUACCUGUAGAAAAGGCUUGGAAUUUGUUUGUAAAAGUUGCAUUUGGAGAAGGCCAGCUGCCUAAGAACCAAGCCUUUAUUAGCCUGGGAAAGGAGAUUUUGGAAAAAUGUGUUGGGGUACCUCUUGCCAUAAGAACAAUAGCAAGCUUGCUACACUCCAAACCUUCUGAAAAUGAGUGGCGAUCUUUCAAGAAUUAUGAACUCUCAAAAAUAACUCAUGCAGAAGAAAAUAAUAUUUUAUCAACACUUAAGUUGAGUUAUGAUCAUCUACCAUCAUACUUAAAACAAUGCUUUGCUUAUUGUAGAUUGUUUCCAAAAGAUUCCAAGAUUCAUGUAGGGACACUGAUUGAUCUUUGGGCAGCGCAAGGUUUUAUUAAGUUAUCGAAUCCAAAGCAACGUGUUAAGGAUGUUGGUAGAGAAUACUUCAAGUUAUUACUUUGGAGGUCAUUCUUCCAAGAUGUUGAAAAGGAUUACUGGGGCAAUAUAUGGUGCAAAAUGCAUGAUCUCAUGCAUGAUCUUGCAAUCUCUGUGGCUGGAACAGAAUGUACUGUAUUACAUUCAACUGAGGAAAAUAUUGGCAAAAAUGUUCGUCAUGUAUCAUUUAAUCUUUUGGAUUCGUCGAUGCAGUUUCCAAUCAUCAAGUUUGAAGGAAAGAGGAUACGAACGGUUCUUGGACAUAGAAGAGGGUGUGACUUUCCUUGUAAUGCGCUCGUUUCAAAUCUUAAGUAUUCUCGCACACUAGAUUUGAGCUAUCUAUGGUCACGAAAAAUGCCGUGUUCAAUUGGGAAAUUGAAGCAUUUAAGAUAUCUUGAUGUUUCCAAAAAUUGGUACAUUAAAAUUCUCCCUAAUUCCAUUGUCAUGCUGCUGAAUUUGCAAACACUGAAUCUCAAGAAUUGUCGUGCGCUUAGAGAAUUACCCCGAGACACUAAAAAUCUGGUCAAUCUUAGGCAUCUAGAUAUUUCUGGUUGUAUUACACUGACUCAUAUGCCUUACGGACUUGGAAAUUUGACUUCUCUUGAGAUACUACCAUAUUUUGUUGUGAGAGACAGAGGUGUCAAGGCCAGGGCUAGUGGUGGGCUUAGUGAAUUGAAUAAGCUGAGCAAUUUGGGAGGAAACCUGUGGAUUCUGAAUCUAGGACACGGAAAAGAUGACAUGAUGGAAUGUAAAGCUGCAAACAUGAAGGAGAAACAACAUCUUCACCAACUGAAAUUAUGGUGGAACUUAGAGUUGGUUGGAGAAACCGAAUGUUACGAUGAAAUGUCACUAGAAGGUCUCCAGCCACAUCCAAAUCUUGAAAAAUUGAUUUUGUCGAAUUAUAUGGGUGUUACAAUUCCAAGUUGGGUCUCUUCGCUCACUAAUCUUGUCAAUUUGCAAUUGCAGAGUAAUUGUAGAUGCCACCACCUCCCACCGUUAAAUCAACUCCCUUUUCUCAACUCUGUCUGUCUCGUAAAUAUGAAAGCACUUCAAUACAUAUCAGAAGACAUUGAUAGUAAUGUGUUAGGUUCCUCAAUAACAAUGUUCUUCCCAUCAUUAUUUUCUCUCAAAAUAAAGAAAUGCCCUAAUCUGAAGGGAUGGUGGAGGAAAGAUGAUAAUGAUGGGCCAGGCCAUCUGUUGCUGCCAUCAUUUCCUCGUCUCUCUGAAUUGGAGAUUGAAGAUUGCCCCAAUCUUACUUUCAUGCCCUUGUUUCCAUAUCUUAAAGUAGAGCUGAAAUUGUGGGAAGCUAGCUUGAAGGUAUUGCAGCAAACAAUGAAUAAACAGAGACCAUCAACAUCAACAUCCUCUUCAUGCUACUUUCCUCUCUCUAAAUUACAGUUUUUGUAUUUAAAAGGGGUUAAUGAUUUAGAAUCUCUUCCAGAGAAGUGGCUGCAAAACCUUGUUUCUCUUCAGAUACUUUUCAUUUAUCGGUGCCAUGGACUUAGGUCUCUUCCUUGUAAAGGUAUUCAACAUCUCACCUCUCUUCAAGAGAUGAAAAUAGUGGACUGCAAUGAGCUGGCUCUGGUAAAUGACGAAGAUGAUGGCAUGCAAUGGCAAGGCCUUCGGAGCCUCCAUUCUCUGUGUUUUUGGGGAACUCCAAAGUUGGUGUCUCUACCAGAUGGGCUUCAACAUGUUAACACUCUUCAAAAACUCGAAAUUCAUAAUUGUACUGAUUUAAUGGCUAUACCGGAGUGGAUAGGCAACCUCACAUCACUACAUCAUCUUGAAAUUUCCGGAUGCUUCAAUCUGACAUCAUUGCCUCAAGAGAUUUGCCAUCUCACGUCUUUACAAAUUCUUAAGAUUGAAAAUUGUCCUAAUUUGAGGGUCAAUGGAUAACCUCACGUUACUACAAGUGCUUACAAUUACGGAAUUCCCCAAUCUGACCUCACUGCCUCAAGGGAUUCGCAGUCUCACCUCUUUAAAAAGCUUGACAGUUGACAAUUGUCCUAAUUUGAUGGCUUUACCAGAGUGGAUAGGCAACCUCACAUCACUGGAAGAGCUUAUAAUUCGCAAAUGCCUUAAUCUGACAUCAUUGCCUCAAGGGAUUCAUGAUCUCCCUUCUUUACAACGGCUGAAUAUUACUGGUUGUCCCAUUUUAGAAGCAAGAUGCCUGGGGGAAGAUUGGCCCAAGAUUUCUCAUGUUCCAGUCUUGAGAUUGGAUCGAUUGUGGCAGUGAGAUACAAGUUGUUCAGAGAAUAGACUUGGGCUUAAAAAUUCAGACCUAUCCAAAAUUUGCAAUUGUGCAAUAUUACAAGAAGUCAGCGCCUCUGUCCAAGCAUUGGGCCACAUUGCACAUGUUAUUUUCUUUAAUGAGUUUAAUCACUACAAGUAUGGGGCAUUGUGUGAUGGAUGGGAAGAGUUCCUGGAGUUCUUUAAGUCAAAGAGAUGUAGUAUGGGUAAGGACGGUUGAGCCAAGACAGGUAAGAGAAGGAGUUUUAUUAAAUGUCCCAAAGAUGGAGUAACUUGCUGCAAAGCGAUGCAGAGAAACAUGAAUUGAGGAGGCGGUAAUGGAUCAUAAGAUUGCUGGUGCCCACCAGAAGGAUCUCACCCCAUUAGCUGCACAGUUGACAACUUCAAGUGCAAGGCAAAUUGGGACUUGCUCUGUUGAGAUGGCUUUUGAGACUUCCACAACAAAGAACCUCUUUCGGUGUGCUGUUAUCUCUACAUAGCAUGCUAUUACUCAUCCUUGAAGUAGUCUUUCAAUUCUAUGUAAGGCUGCUUAGGAUACCACAAUAUUCCAGGCCAUGGGCAAUUGCAUAUAUGAGACUUGAACACUUACAUUUUGUGCAGAGGCUAGGUGUGUGUUCAUGUUAUAGUAUCAGUUUCCCAACAAUCUUUCUACAUUAGCAUAAAAUUUAGCAAUCACAUAUCAUAGAAAGGGCCCUAUGUUAGUUGGGGUCCCUUUCAUCAUGACCUUUAUCAUCAAUUGCCUUCCUCUGUGCUUGGCAACAUUACUCCACAUUGGUGCCUAUUUGGAUUGCCACCUGUAGUGGCUGGUGAUUCGCUGAUCAAAGAGCAGAUUUUGGAGAGAUUAUUCAUCAAUCUAGUGGCUGGUGAAUCACUGAUCAAAGAGUAUUAUUAAGUAGCUAUCCUUGUGGAGAAGUAUUAGUCAUCUUCGACAGUUUUGCUACAUGUAUGAGGACAAUUGAAUGCAUCUUUUCAUUUCGUCGGGAAAGUUGAAUUUCCAAUUUUCAACAUGUUGAGUACUGCAUCGAAUAUUUCAUUUCUUCUUCAAAGUUUAUGAUUUGAGUGUCCAGCUUUUUGUGACAUUUUUUUUGGGUGGAUCAACUUAUUUUUGCUACUUGGAUUUGAUUAUAAUCAGGGUGCUCUUUGUACUUGUAUUCCAAUUAAUAUUGAGUAAUUAUUUUCUUCUU